UAUGUUGAAAGUUGAUGAUGAAGGAUUUUGGGAUUGUCCAAAAAGAUUAUCAGUUGAACUGUUGCAAGAUGAUUUAAAUAAAUUUAAAUUAAGAUGUAGAAGAGCUUCGGCGGAGAAAACGACUUCAAAGAAAGGACCAAUAAAAGCUUGGCAAGAAGAAGCCUGUAAGCGAAAAGGGAUAGGUGAGAAAGGAGAUGGCCAACUGUUAGAGAGAGACGCCGACACCCGUCCAUUAAUUUUUAAAGUUGGCGAGCCCGGAAGGGAAAUGUCGUCCCAGGCGAACUGUAAUGGUGUUGGUGAAACAAGUUUUGUUAGGAAUAUGACUGUGCAAUCGGCAAAUACGAAUGAUUCGCUAUGUACAUCGUGGUUAACAUCAGUUAGCCAGUAUAAUGAGAGAGAAAUGAUGUACUCAAGAGAUUCCCUGGAUAGUGGUGAAAUUGCUAAUACUCAAGCGCACACCACCGAUUGCCUGUCGAGAAGCAAUGACAGCGGAGCUAUAGUAACCACUCCAAAUGGCCUGAAUCAGGCUGAUAUUGAGAAAGUUAGGCAGGAGGUGACGCUUCAAAUGAGAAAUGAAAUGCUAGCUAAAGCAAAAGAAUACGAAGCCAAACUUGAAGAAUACCGGAAAAAAGAGAAAGAAUGGGACGUUCUUACUGAUUAUCAAUAUGGCGUCUUAGACAAGUUAACCAGUUCGUUAGAGGCAAAGGACAAGGCAAUUUUACAAGCUGCUGAGGACGUCGAGCGUUUUGAGAGAGCGUUAAAUGAAACGACUUCUUUAUAUUCUGAAUUAAAAUCGAAAUUUCAUCGUACCACUGUCAAAAAUCAAUUGUUAAACACUCAGCUAAAAGAGUUACAAGGCCUACUGAAGGAUAGAGUUAAUAAAUACAACAACUUAAUGAAAGAGAGAGAACAGAAUGACAUUGAUAAUAAAUCUAAUUUUAACAAGAUGGAAACUGAAAAGAGUGAACAAAUUCAAUUAUUGAAGAACAGAGUAAAAGUAAUGGAAAUAAAGGAAUCAGCUUUGCAGAAAGAAUUAAUUCAGAAGAAAAAAGACUUGGACGACUUAGCAAGGAUUUGCGAUGAAUUAAUAUCAAAAAAGUCUAAUGAAAGAUAA